CCUUCUCCGAGCGGAUACGAGACGGGGCGGGGUGAGAAAAACUACGACAAAUGCAAAAAAAGCGCAUAAGCCCAUUCAGAAAAAUGUGCCAAACUAACCGUUAUGUUAAUUACCACACUAACGUUGACCGUUGGAGGAGAUUUAGUAGCGGACAAGAAGAGGGAAUUAGCCAUUUAUUAUCGUCGAAGGAUGAUGAUGAUGAGAGAGACGUGACCUGAUUGAGGAAGAGUUCAGGUUAGCUUGCUGCUGCCCGGUUUGCUGAGCAGCCAAUGAAAACAUUAGAAGUAAUCAAACCGUGAUACAAAAGGAAGGAAUAUGAAAACAACACGCACAACAUAAUUGCUCUGUGACAACGUAAAGCACAACUUCAGAUUUUAGGAGCAAGACAACCAGUCAGAAUGUUUUUUGUUGCCGUCUUUGCUCUGCUUGUUGCCUUUGCUGCAGCUGACCUCAGGCCACAUUACUCAUUCUCUCUACCCGUUGGGUCGGGAGGUGGGACCUCCUAUGCGAUCACCGGUCAGGGAAGGAUCACCGCCGUGAGAGUUUGGGAAGACUACAAUAGCUACAUCCGAGGCAUCCAGUUCCGGUACGGAUACGUCUGGUCCUCCGGUGUUGGCUACACGUACGGAGAAUCCCAGGAACUGGAGCUGUACGACGGUGAAGCCAUCACCCAGAUUUCUGGGAAGUAUUCCUACUAUCUGCAGUCCAUCGUCUUCACAACCAACCGGGGCCGCUCCCUGUACAUGGGUCAGCCCUCUGGCACUUCCUUCAACAUGUACCCGGAUCACCCCGAGGCCGAGCUGAUCUUCAUCAGCGGCCAUGUGAGCGGAGGCCUCACCUCGUUGGGAUCCCACUGGGCCAUCGUCGAUCCGUCCUUGAACCCAACCAACAGCUCUUUUGGACAUUAAGAUGGAGAGCAGACGAAAGAUGUUGGACCCUGCAGUUUAAUUUGCUGAUCUUUUACUACCCUGAUUAAAUUGUAAAGUUUAAAUUAUAAAUCUAGUAAGUUUUUUUUUUUUAGCUUUUUUUAUCGAUUUGCAAAUCAGUAAUGAAGAAAAGACUAAUUUACAACUUUUGCUUUUGUUUUUCUGAAGUUAUAGCCAUUAAAAUUCUGUUUUGUUGUGAACUUAAAAUCAGUGUUUAUCAAGAAAGUCGAUUACAAUAUUCAGAAAUAAAAAAAACGUUCUCAUUG